AUGAUUCGCUUCUAUAAUACUAUACCUGCGUCAGUUCAAAGGUUCGCAAAGUGGGAAUCAAACUUCAGAGAACACUCAGAUAGUCUGUCGUUUUAUCGAACACUGUUACAGUACAGUAACAGUCUGCAUGUCCCGGAUGAGGCCAUAAAAUGCUCUCAUCCUCCCGCAAGCAACGCCGACCCCGAGCGCAGUUUCUCUGCUGCUAACAGGCUCUCUGGAGAGGAAAGGAGUAACAUAAAGACGGAGUCUCUAGAUAACAUCAUGACGAUGCAGCGUAAUGGGCCUAACAUCCUAACAGUCAAACUUCAACAGUUAGCACUCCAGUGGAUGCAUCCUGCACCGGGACUUGGGCUCGAUCCGGGUAUGCCAUCGAAUCUAGCUAGAGAAGGCAGCCUCAUGAAAGCAUUAAUAUGA